CUCUCUCCUUGUCAGUCUCACCUACAUUGGCCAAAAAAAACAAAACUGAAAACAAAAAAUGGAGGUAGCCAUAGCAGCAGCUUCAAGCGUUGCGAUUCCGAAGCUCACCUCGUCUUUCCCGGCAGCUACUUCCAGGCCAAUUCAACGCAACAGAGCUCUUUCAAUCUUCUCCUCGCCCUUUUCGUCGACUUCUCUCUCGACUAGCACCGUCUCUCCCUUCUCGUCCGGCGCCGUUGGAGAAUCGUAUGGAAUCGGAAGCAAGCCGGGCGCUCUGUAUCCAGCUCCAAUUCCAAGCUCUAAGGCCAAACGAAGCGUCGUCGCCAUGGUUAUUCCUUAUACGAGGGGAAGUGCAUGGGAGCAACCUCCACCUGAUUUAGCAUCUUACUUGUUCAAGAAUCGGAUUGUUUACCUGGGCAUGUCCCUUGUUCCUUCCGUCACAGAGUUAAUACUUGCAGAAUUUCUUUACCUUCAGUAUGAAGAUGAAGAAAAACCUAUUUAUCUUUACAUCAACUCGACAGGGACAACCAAGGGUGGUGAAAAGCUGAGUUAUGAGACGGAGGCUUUUGCUAUUUAUGAUGUUAUGGGGUAUGUAAAGCCACCAAUAUUCACUCUCUGCGUUGGUAAUGCUUGGGGAGAGGCUGCCUUGUUAUUGGCUGCUGGUGCAAAAGGAAACCGUUCUGCAUUACCUUCAUCAACUAUCAUGAUUAAGCAGCCCAUUGGCAGAUUUCAGGGCCAAGCUACAGAUGUUGAACUUGCAAGAAAAGAGAUGAAUAAUGUUAAAGCAGAACUGGUCAACCUAUUUGCAAAGCACAUCGGGAAGACAUCUGAACAGAUUGAAGCUGAUAUCAGUCGGCCAAAGUACUUUAGUCCGGCUGAGGCAGUUGAAUAUGGAAUCAUUGACAAAGUCUUGUACAAUGAACGAGGCAGCGAAGAUCGUGGAGUUGUUUCUGACCUUAAAAAGGCACAGCUUAUAUAAUUGCUGGGAGAUGAUGAUCAGUGGCUUUUGAGAUGCGUGAGGGCUGAAGCUUCGGAGAUGGGAAGGUGCAGUGCAAAAUAGAAGAGACAGGCAAGAAGCUUUUCCAGCAAUGGAGGAAAAGAAGGACCUCUGAAGUUUCCUUCCCCCAUUGUUUAUUCGUGGGAAUUGAUGAUGGGAAGCAUUUGUGACCAAAAUGUACUAUAGUUCAGACUUCCUCUUCCUUCAGGACCCUGUAUCCUCAAUAAGCCUUACUGUUGAAGCUUUAUAUAUGAAUGAAUUCAGGAUCGAAUUACUCAGUGAUCAUGUCAUUGGUCCGUAAUCAAUCAAUCAUCAGCAGGUGUUCAAUUAGUGGCACUGCAGUUCUUUACUGCUGUGCUGUGCCUUCUUCCUGAUCUUGC